UAUAGAUAUACUCUCGAAUUUUCAUUAACCAGAGAGAGAGAGAUUAAUUGGGAGGAGAUAUAUCGAUCGACAAAGAUGCAUUGGACAAGAGGCGAAACCCUGGGAGCCGGUGGUUUUGGGUUUGUGUCGAUCGCUAAAACCCACCAAGAAGGCGGCGGCGAUCCCAAUAUCCCGGCGGUGGUGGCCGUGAAAUCGGCCAUAGUUUCGCAGUCGAAGUCUCUUCAGAAGGAGAAGGAGGUGCUGAAGAAGUUGGAGGGAUGCCCCUGCAUCCUCCGCUGCUUCGGCGACAAAUUCACCACCGAGAAUGGCCAAAACCUAUACAACAUCAUUCUCGAGUACGCUCCCGGCGGCUGCCUCGCCGACCUCAUCGGAAAAGGUCUACCGGAGCACGUCGUCAGCCACCACACUAAAUCCAUCAUCACCGCCCUAAUUCACAUUCACAAACACGGCUACGUUCACUGCGAUGUGAAGCCGCACAACGUGUUGCUUGUGGGCCAAGAUUCCAAGCUCGCCGAUUUCGGAAGUUGCAAAAGGAUUGGUGGCGUUGAAGACGACGACGAUGAGCAGCAGCAAGGGUUUAGAGGGACGGUUCUUUACGCUGCGCCGGAGUCGAUAUCGCGGCAGGAGUACACGGCGGCGUCGGACGUUUGGGCGCUGGGGUGCACCGUGCUCCACAUGUUGACCGGAAAGGCGCCUUGGAAAUUCGGCAAAGACGCGGCGGCUACGGACGUCUUGAUGAAGAUCGGUUGCAGCGAUGAAAUUCCGGCGAUCCCGAAGGUUUCGGAGGAGGCCAAGGAUUUCCUCAGGAAAUGCUUCGUUAAGGAUCCGACGGCACGGUGGAAAGCGGAGAGUCUACUCGAUCAUCCUUUUCUCAAGAUGGCCGACCGCCACCGCCGCCACCACCAUCACCAUCAUUUAUCAUCAGCGUUGCAUUCACUUUUGCCACAAUGUUUUCACGUCACAAAAAUCCAUGCCUAUUGAUCGUGAUUUGUAAAUAUAUUACAUAAUCAAUAUAAUGUGAGUUUGUUCAUGUUCAUUGUAGUCUGUAUAUAUCAGUUGGUUUAAUUAUCAUUGG